GCGGAUCAAGAUGGCGGCUUUCGGCACGGAGCGGUGGUUGAAUGAUUUACCAAACCAUAAUAUUUUCCAAAAAAUACGAGAUAAGUUGGAUACAGAAACCACUACAAAUGAAAAGGGGAUCGCUAAAAAUCUCACCUUUUGUUUGGGAGGGGACUUGUUCGUGUGGGACGAUACGGACCGCGUGUUUUACACGACCAACUUACGACAGUUAAACACGGAUGAGAGUAGCGGGAAGUACCAGACCUUGCUGUGCAUCAACCCUCCUCUCUUCGAGUUGAACCAAGUGUUGUUAAGUCCAACUCAGCACCACGUCGCACUCAUCGGGCAGCGGGGGGUCUCGGUACUGGAGCUUCCUCAAAGGUGGGGCAAGAGGUCCGAGUUUGAGGGCGGACGGAGCGAAAUCAAUUGCAGGACCAUCCCGGUGGCGGAGCGCUUCUUCACCAGCUCCCCGUCUGUGAGUCUACGGCAGGCGGCUUGGUACCCGAGCGAGACUGACGAGCCACACUUGGUGCUGCUCACUUCCGACAACACCAUCAGGUUUUACGGCUUGAAGUUGCCCCAAACUCCAGCCAAAGUCCUGUCACUGUCACAGUCUGAAGAUGACAGCAGCAGCCAUCCUCCGGUCCGCUCCUACGCAGCAUCUCUUGGUGAGAUAGCAGUCGCGUUUGACUUUGGGCCGAUUUCGCCCCCACUUCGACAUUUGGCAGCACAGAGGUCCAAAGAACAGCUUGUCUACCCUCUGUACAUCCUCUAUGAAAACGGGGAGACCUAUGUGAGCUACACGAGCCAGGCAAACGGUGUGAGUGUAACUAAACCUGUUGGACCCCUCCCAAUGUAUCCUGCAGCAGAGGAUAACUAUGGUUAUGAUGCUUGUGCCAUUCUCUGCCUUCCCUGUGUGCCCAGUAUCCUGGUCAUCGCCACAGAGACAGGCACGUUGUAUCACUGUGUGGUCUUGGAGUCUGAAGAGGAGGAAGAAGCAGUGGAGAAGUGGACCACAGAGGCCGUGCCAGCUCUCUAUGUAUUUGAGUGUGUAGAGCUGGAGCUUACCCUCAAAGUAGCCACUGGAGAGGAUGAGGAGCCUCAAGAUUUUGAUUUCACCUGCCCAAUCAGACUGCACAGAGACCCCUUGUGCCAGCACAGGUAUCAUUGCACCCAUGAAGCUGGGGUGCACAGUGUGGGGCUAAUAUGGGUCAACAAGCUGCAGAAGUUCCUCCAGUCUGGCGAGGAGGAUAAGGACAGUAUCCAGGAACUGGCUGCUGAGAAGCGCUGUAUAGUAGAGCACAUUCUUUGUACCAGACCGCUCCAUACCAGCCAGUCAGCUCCAGUCCGUGGCUUUUUGAUUGUGUCUGACCUUUCCUUGGGUGCCACCAUGAUUUGCAUCACCAGUACCUAUGAGUGCAUCUUGCUGCCCCUGCUGAGCUCCAUCCGCCCUCCCUCUCCUCCCCUGCUCUGUUCCCAUCCAGGUCCAGGCUCUGGUAGCUCCCCUCUGCGCGGGCUGGCUGACGACUCUUUUGAGCAGCACAUUCGCAACAUCCUGGCACGCAGCUCCACCAACCCUCUCGUACUGAAAGCAGGAGACAAGGACACAUCACCGCCACCCUCUGAGUGUCUGCAGCUCCUCAGCAGAGCCACGCAGGUCUUCAGUGAGGAGUACAUUCUCAAGCAGGACAUGGCCCGUGAGGAGAUGCAGAGGAGGGUUAAACUCCUGACAGGUCAGAAGAACAAGCAGCUGGAGGAGAUGACUCUGUGCAGGGAGGAGAGGAAGAGUCUGAGAGAGGCUGCAGAGAGGUUGGCUGAUAAGUACGAAGAUGCAAAGUAUCGCCAGGAAACCAUCAUGAGCAGGGUUAAAAAAGUGCUGAGCAGCCUUCAAAGCCAACUGCCCAUACUGUCAAACAGUGAAAAGGAUAUGAAGAAGGAGCUGCAGAUCAUCAGCGAUCAACUCAAACACCUGGACAACUGCAUCAAACAGGUGAACAUGAAGAUGGAGUACCAGAAGACGCAAGUGGACAAAGACGUACCCGCAGCCAGAACGACAGUCUCACUCAACGCCCACCAGAAGAAGGUUGUACAGGAUGUCCUCAGAGAACAGGGACAGCAAAUCGGUGACAUGAUGAAACAGAUCAAAGACAUCAAAAAUCAUUUCAGUUUCUAAGCACUGCAGAAAACAGUAAAAAUGUACUUUAAACGAUUGGGGGAAAUAAUUCAAAUGCUCUUUUGACCACAGUGAUUAAAUCUGCCUUUUUGUGACAUUUGGUGAGAAGCGGGAACGAGUGCUUUAGUCACAAGUUGAUGUGCCCUGUGUGGAAUGUUGGUUUUUUUUUUCAAGUGAAAGAUAUUUUAUAUACACAGAUAUAACUUUACCUUUCAUACUAAGUUUGUCUCUUAAUAGGGUUAUAAUAGGUUUACCUCCAUGUUUUCACGUUUAAUGUUAAUGUUGAGUUAGUGAUUUGGUCAGUGGCAGAAUAUGUAUGGAUGUAUAGGCAGAAAAAAUGCAACUAUUUUGAGAUUUUCAACCCGAUUGAUUUUUGUUUUUUUGGAUCAAUAAUAAAAUUUAAA